AUGGGCUGGGAGGAGGCAGGUGCUCGCUCCGACCCCAGGCUGCUGUCCCAGUUCUUCUACGCCGACGAGCGGGUGACCCGCGUGGUGAUGGAGAUAAACGGGCUGGACGUGGAGACGGACCCUCAGCAAUACUUGGUGCUGCUAAACCAGCUGCACCUCAGCCAGGCUCACCUGCUGACCCUCAUCGAGCGGCUCAUGGACGAGUGCAUCCCCAAGGAGAGGCACUGCCGUGACUACCUGGCCAAGUUCCCGGAGGAGCUCCUGGUGGACAAUCUGGGGAACCACGUGCUGUUUGCAGCUGAGUGUCUGGUGGCAGGCACCGUUCUGGAGCUGGAAGAGGCGGAUGGGCUGCAGCUGCGUCCCCUGGCCAAGAACCUGCUGUGCAGUUUGCAGCUGGUGCGGAAAGUGCUGCGGGAGCAGAGCCUGAGCCAGGCCAGCCCCUGCUCGGAGCCCGUGCGCAUGGCGCUGAUCCGCUUUGACACGCUCUUCGCUGAAUUUGAACUCAGCUACGUGUCCUUGCUGGUCUCGCUGAAGUCCCCGGAGGAGCUCUACAAGCAGCAGGAGAUCGUGGUGCUCUUCUGUGAGACAGUGGAGAGAGCCCUGAAACUCGGCUACCUGAGCCAGGACAUGAUUGACGGGUGCGAGCCGCUGCUGAUGUUCACCAUCCCCCGCCUGGCCAUCAUCAGUGGGCUCCUCAUCUAUCCCGAGGGGCCCCUCAGCCUGGACCGGACGCCCGAGGAGAUGUCCAAAGUCUUCAGCCCCUUUCACAGCGUGCUGAAAAAAAUCAGGGACCUGCUCCGCGUGCUGUCAGAGGAGGAGCUCGACCUGCUGGAGAAGAGCUUGUGUGCGGCCGAAUCGGAGGGUCCUUGCAGCGCAGCCUCUCCUGA